AUGAGAACGCUAGAGGAGGUGCAGGCCACGCUCCAGAUCGCCAAGCUGAAAGAGGAAGAUUUACACCCAACCAUCCACUGUCUGUCAUUCGGUGAAAACGUUUCUUCUGCAGAUUACUGCCUAAUGGAGCUGGACAGCACGCUGUGCAAACACAUCGAAGAUGGCCAAAGCCUUGUCAUUCGUGGGGAUAAAGACGAGCGUGCAGUACUUUGUAGUGGAGACAAGACCUAUGAUCUAAAGAUAGCUGACACAUCCAACAUGCUGCUGUUUGUACCUGAGUGCAGAACCCCAGAUCAGCUGAGCGCCCAGGACAGCUCUCACGUCGUGCACACGAAGAUCUGGGGAUUCUGCAACAGCUACUGGGAAUUGAGGAAACAGCGUCCAAAGCUGAAGAAGCUGAAAAAGCUUUUAAUGGAAAACCCUUAUGAUGGACCUGCUCUAGCGGGGCAAGAGGAAAACACGGAGAACAGGUACACAUUGGAGGAUCUGUUGGAAAGGAUUCAGGCCAGUGAAGAGGAGCUAAAGACCAACCUGGAGAUGAUCCAUGCCUGUCAGAUAGAUGGUUACUGGCGUGUGCUGGACUUUGACUAUGAGAUGAAGCUGCUGGGUCAUGUGACUCAGCUGGUGGAUUCUGAGUCAUGGCCCUUUAACAAAGUCCCCCUUCAAACCAGUCUGGAGGAGCUGGCCCCACUGGAGCCCAUGCAGAUGAUUGAGCACUGUUUGAACUGCUAUGGGAAACGCUACUCUGAAAAAGACGAGGUGUAUUAUGCUUUGUGUGAGGACAAAGUGUGUCGGGGUAUUGCUCUGAUGCUGCUGCAUAAUGCUGUCAAGUUCAACCUGAGGGAGUUUCAGGAGGUCUGGCAGCAGAGUGUCCCAGAGGGCAUGAGUACAAGACUGGAGCAGCUGAAGGGAGUCGCCCUAGUGGACCGCACCUCCCGCCCAGAAACCAUCAGCCUGCUCCAAGUGGACGAUCUGCCAGAGGACACAGUGGAGCGCUUCAACCUGCUCUUCUCACUCAGAGAGAAAUGGACAGAGGAUGACAUCACACCAUACAUACAAGACCUUUGUGGGGAGAAACAGACCACUGGAGCCCUGUUGACAAAAUACGCUCGAUCUUCCAUGCAAAGCGGGAUUAAAGUGUUCAACUCCAGAAGACCUGUGGCAAAAUGA